CAGUGUUGCAGGGGACUCUGAGUUGGUUUGUGUCACUCCAGCUUCCAGAUCACUCUCAACUAUCCAGUGUUUCAUUCCAGGUUUGUGUUCAGGAUGGUUGUGAUGGUUCGUGUUGUGCUGUUAAUAGUGUGUGUGGCCUGUGUCCAGUUGGCUGCCUCACAGAAGUGCGGCUCAGAAAUCUGUGGUCCCACUGAAUGCUGCAAAGUCGGUCGUGGUCGGUUCCCUAUCCCAGGAUGUCAUCCGUUGGGUGAAGUGGAUAAAUUCUGCUACCUUCACAACCCAAGUCCUGGGGACUUCACCCUCCAAUACCCAGACGGUUCAAAGGCCAUUGUUAAGGGAGGAUACCUUGAGAUGUGUCCAUGUAAACCUGGACUGGUGUGCAAGAGGCCUACCUCCACCUGUCAGCUGCCUUAACCACCAUGAAUGACACUCAGCUCCUGCACAGCACACAGCUGUGCAUCCACACAUCAUGGACUGCAAACAAACACAUCGCAUUUACAAAGAAUAAUAACAGGACUUUAACGAAGGUGUCUUGAAGCUGCCAAUGGAAAUAAGUCACUUUGUCUGAAUUGUUUGGGUGAUUCUAGGUAAUUUCCACUAUAUAUGAUAAUUGUACCUGUGUGUACCUGUACCUAUAUAAACUCACAACAUCCAAGAACAAAACAGUGAGAUGUACAGUUUGUCUGGACCCACUGCACAGAUAUUUUUGUAUCAACAUAUUAAACGCAAGAUACCAGGAGCUGACCUUCGAUCUCACCUGUAAUAACAUGUGACCUGGCAGGCCCUGACCUCCCUAUAUACUCUAUGUACCACUGUCUAUAUAUUCCAUGCACUUCAUAAAGCUCUCAGUGGGAGAAACAUAUUAGUAAUAAAAAAUCUUUGCUAAAA